CUGUUUUUUAGGGAAGCCACUGUAGCUCGUGGAGAAGAUUCGAAAUCACACAAGCCCGAGGGGAAACGCUCUGAUAGUAGUGAAAAAGUUGCUCAGAAGCGGGUACUUUCUUUUGCAUUUGAAGAUGACGAGGAGGAAGAGGAGGAACCAGUCAUUGUCAAGAAAGUGAGUUAUUUUAGCGGUUCUACACUUCUCCUUUGUUACUCAAGAGUUGGAAUGGACCCAACAAUUGACACAAGUUUUCUUCCGGAUAAGGAACGUGAAGCUGAGAUUGCUAGGAGAAAGGAAGAGUUAGCUGCCGAGUGGAGGGCACAACAAGAAAGGGAGAAAAAUGAAGAAAUAACAGUGGCUUUUGCUUAUUGGGAUGGAUCUAGUCAUAGGAAAAAUUUGAAGGUCAAGAAGGGAAAUACAAUAUCGCAGUUUUUGGGCUGGGCUAUAGAGGUUUUGAAAAAAGAGUUUACGGAACUAAAGACAAGCGUACCUGAAAACCUAAUGUUUGUCAAGGAGGACCUUAUCAUUCCUCAUUUCUACACGUUCCAAGAUUUUAUUGUAACCAAAGCAAUGGGUAAAACGGGACCUUUGUACGAGUUUGAUGCAGCUGGCGAUGUACGAAUACGACAGGAUGCAGCUUUAGAUUGUGGAGAAGCUCAUCCUGCAAAGGUAGUCCUUCGAGGAUGGUACGAGAAGAAUAAACACAUUUAUCCUGCUUCACGAUGGGAACCAUUUGUGCCAAACAAAAAAUAUGGACGCACCAUUGAUGAUCUAUCAACUAUUUAA